UAAUACAGAUAACGAACGCUGGUUCAAAAAAUUGGCAAUUUUUCAUUCUCUGGCCACCGGAUUCCGAAAAUAUUUUUGUAUCAUGAAACCCCUUUCAAAGUUAAAAUCAUGUGCUAGUAUAUGCAUAGAUCUAUAGAACUAGCUACUAGCACUAACAAUAGAUCCGUGAUAUAGUCUGGCUAUAAUAUUCGCCACACCACCUGUAGGUGAACACAUCAACCUUGAUGAAACCUGUAAAAAGAUUGUCUCCCCCUGUACAUACACAAGUAUGGCUAGAGAAAACAAUACAGGAGACUCUGUUGUGAUUGGCGCCAAAAUGACAAAAAUUUUAUUUAACGGCCAAAAUACCGGAAAAAACUUGGGUGGGACUUGCCCAUUUAGGCUACUGUUUCUAGUUCAUGAGUUGACCUGUAAGUGAUAACCAAGCUACUUUAGGAGAAUACUGACGGUAGAUGCAGUACUUCUAACACUUUUUAACACUGCAUCAACACAACCAGCAUAGGCAUAAACUGAGUUGCAUUUCAGCCGCACCUCGUGGUAACAUGUGCCAAAUCAAAAUUUGAAAUUCCCGCGUAGACAACCUUAAUUGAGUCAAGGUCGAAGCCUCGGUUUCAUAUAAUUGAUUGACAUGAUUUCCGGUUUUACAAAAACAAAACAUCUCAACAAAUCAACAUGAAUAAUGCAUGAAAUAAACAAUUUACAAAAAAAUAAGUUUUAAAAUUUGGUACAUCAUCAUAGCCUCCUCUUGACUGAGAGUAUUUUCUCAAAAUAUCCUGAACAGAACACUCUGAAGACGUUUUACUUGACCCAUUUAGUUCAUGUACAUUGUCUGGUAUGCAAUGCACUACUGUUGCAUUAGGUGAUAUAAAACUGGCAAAACCGGUUUCCAAGAUUUGAAUAGAUUACAGUUUUGAGACCCACCCUUUUAUGCCUCAUGACUAUAUGUUAUAGUUAAGUUCGGUCAAUGUAUAAUAUAUUGUGCACAUAGUUAUGUGUUGAAAACUGAAUUCGGUCUAAAACUCAAGGUUGGUUUUAUAACGUCGUUGAUUCAACGAAUAAAUUAUACGGCAGACUGACCUGUGAUGUGAUGUGCUGUGUCUGUGGAUUGUGUGCAUGAUAAAGCAAAGGACUGUGGAUUUACUGGUUACAACAGCUGGGGAAUUAUUCCAUCAAUAAAAGGAUAGACUUUCAAGGGUAAACCAAAGGAUAUCACCAUGUCAACUUUAGAAGCAAUCCAGUAUUCUGAAACAACCAAAAUAUACCACACAAACUAUGUCCGAAAUUCACGAGCUGUUGGUGUUAUGUGGGGAGUCUUCACGAUAUGUUUUGCCAUCAUAAACAUAGUUGUAUUCAUCCAGCCACAGUGGAUCGGUGAUACUCCAAGUAGUCCUGGAACAGGUUACUUCGGACUCUUUGAAUACUGCGAACUGUUUCAAACGGGACAGGAUUUGAUCUGUAAUGGAAGGUUUGACGACUUCUCAUCGAUUCUGAGUGGUACCUUCAAAGCGGCAGCAUUUCUUAUUGGAUUCUCGGCGCUGUUGAUCCUCAUCUGCAUCUGUUGUAUGCUGCUCUUCCUCUUCAUGAAUACAGCGAUCGUCUACAUGAUCUGUGGAUGGAUACAGGUUGUUUCUGGAAUCUGUAUGUUCAUUGGCUGUGUGGCUUACCCAGCUGGUUGGGAUCACGACAAAGUCCGAAGUGUCUGUGGAAAUUCAAGUGGCUUCAAUAUUGCUGAUUGUGGGGUCAGGUGGGCCUACAUUCUGGCCAUUAUAGGCAUCUUUGAUGCCUUCAUCCUGGCAACAUUGGCCUUUGUCUUGGCAACAAGGCAGGCCAAGCUUCUGCCUGAUUCCUACUACGCCCAAAAUGGUUCCAUCCAUAAAUCUGAUCUUGGAAAUGAUUUCAUCGAAUCUGAAAAAGCUUCAAAUCUGCAACGAGCUGGUGUCCUGACUGUUCCUGACACCGAUAGAGAUCGCGACCAAUUUUCUGACUACUCCACCUCCAGGAUGUCUAAGAGAAGUGAUCAAUUCCAACUCUAGGCUUUAGAAAUUAUUAGUAUGGUUCCAAUAUCAUUUGAAGGACCAACAAGAUUUUCACAAAAGACGAUUAAUCGUCAUGAGUUGCAGAAUUUCGCAAAACGAGUUCAUCUUUAUGUCUUUUCUUCUUCUUGAUGCUAAGCAGUUAAUCAACAUUAAUCAAAUAACUUAUUGAACUUUCUUAAGUGAUUUUGUUUUUUUCUUCAUAUUCAUGAAUGAAUUGGGCAAUUACUUGCCUUUGUACAGGAGAAAUAAGAUGCAUCAGUUUCGAAAAAAUAUGUCCCCUGUCAGUCAAGAAAUUCAAUAGCCUUGUCGAUCAAAAUCAUGUACUGGACAAUGUUUUGAUAAAUUAUAUAAUAGAUCAGCAUUCGGAUUGGCAGUUCUUUGAACAGUCACAUGUACUUCUCUUCUGUUAAUCAUGUACAUACGGUACAAAAUACAAAUUGUAAAUUAUAAAAUAUCUUAUUGAACUUUCUUAAGUGAUUUUGUUUUUUUCUUCAUAUUCAUGAAUGAAUUGGGCAAUUACUUGCCUUUGUACAGGAGAAAUAAGAUGCAUCAGUUUCGAAAAAAUAUGUCCCCUGUCAGUCAAGAAAUUCAAUAGCCUUGUCGAUCAAAAUCAUGUACUGGACAAUGUUUUGAUAAAUUAUAUAAUAGAUCAGCAUUCGGGUUGGCAGUUCUUUGAACAGUCACAUGUACUUCUCUUCUGUUAAUCAUGUACAUACGGUACAAAAUACAAAUUGUAAAUUUCUAAAAGGAAUGGUAAAAUGACUGCUUGGAAAGCCUGAACAUGGAUUUGCCAAUAUUAGUAAACAGCUGUUGUGCUAAUUGUUCAACUUCCAAACCAAUGAAUGAUAUAAUGUACAAAUGUGUGCUGAACAGCAGUGUGACAAUAUGGAGCAUCAUGUAAUGUUUAAAAUACAUAUGAGGCGUCCACAGUGAUGGCAAUGAAUGAAGUGACUUUACCAUUCUGAAUAUUUUGUAGUUUGUACAAUGUAGAUAUAGGUUUAUUUAUCUUUUUCACUGCUGCUACAUUCGGCUGACGGAUGUAGCAGAUUUUAUACCGUCCAGAAAGAACAUUGAAUCGUUGACCAUAUUGUCAUUUUUUGUUCUGGUAAAAACGUUCGGUCCACCUAUACACAUAUUUAUGAGUUCAAUGUAUGUAUCGGGUAUUAACCCUUGGCUGGCAUCCGGUUGGACUGUGAUCCAUCCAUUAUAUUCUAAGACAUUCCAUUGUAUUUUUCAACAUAUGUAUCUAUGUACCUAUACAGAGAUCUGUUCGUCCUUUGAAAGUAUUAUUUAUUGUUAUUCAUAUUUUCUUGGUUUUGAUAUGUACAACAUUAUCACUUGACUCAGUAAUGCAUAUUUUUUCAUGCAAAUAAUGAAAUUACACCUCACUGUUUUUACUCUACAUCUGGUGUCCUGGUACUGUUAACACACAAAGUGGAAUCUCCAAAUUUUGAGAAACUGUGCUUGAGCAGUUUAGGCCUGAUAACGAAGAAAAGUUUAUGUAAACCGAAAUAUCACUCAAAAACCUAUAGGAUAUCUUUGGUUCUUCCAUAGCAUCGCUUGUAUAAAUUUCUCCAAUUUUACAGCAUGUAGCCAUAUUUUAUGCAUUUUCAGUGUCCUGAAUUGAUAACAUUUUGAACAGUUGUUUGUUACUGCACGUGCACUCCGAAAAAGUGUCUCCCAUACCUAAUUAUUUAAAGCACCUGUAUUCUUAGAGUGGAAAUAAAACCACUUAAAGUAA